AUGGCCGCCAUUCCCGCCACCGUGGACAUUCUUGCCCUGGCCAAAGAUGCUUUCCGACUCUAUUACAUAUAUCGCGAUGCGCAGGACCGCUACCGCGCUUUGUGCGAGGACAUUAUAGGUCUCGAGUCUACACUCAAGAUUCUUGGCAACAAGCUUGUCUUUCAAGGAACUGGCAGCAACUCAGGCCCGAAUACGAAGCCCAGCGAUAUCGCCGACGAGGGCGCCGGGGGCAGCCUAGACCCCGAAGAGUCUGCUGCCUUGCAACAUUUGAUUCAGCAAGCCCACAAUCUGCUUCAGGAACUUCACGCCCGCGUGCCAGCAACCAAGCUCCCCCGGGGCCUUUACCGCCUCAGAUGGUCGGAAAGCGAGGUGGUGUCGAUCCGUUUGCGCAUCACAGCUUUGAACAGCAACAUUGCGGCCUUUAGCAGCAGUCUAGCCGUCUCGCACAUUUCCUUUUCCGCACGCACAGAACACUCGCAGCAGCAGAUUCUGAGCACAUUACGGGAGGUGCUGAGCGCUGUGCAAAAUGGCCCUCCGAAUAGAUCACAAAGCCCUGCGUCGACUCUGGUUGCCCCUCCAGAAGCCCCCAGUGACCCACUAGAUGACUCUUUUCUCCAGAACCUUCUUCACGACAUGCAAAAGCAUGGUGUAUCUGAUGUACACCUCGGCGAAGGCGGGCAGUUGGUGGUACGGUCGGUGUCUCCGGGUCUGAUGCCAACUAGUGGAACAGGACACCGACAAUCUUGGACAUCGACGAACCAUCAAUUGGCAUGGGACGAUGGUCCAGUUACGUACGAGGUUCUUUCGGCCGUUUACGGCCCCCGUGUUUUGACCAAGCGGAUGCAGCGCCUGGUCGAUAACCACAGUGCCUCCAAGGGCCGCCUCCUUGAAUUCGUCAUUAAAAAUGAGACCAUGGGCGGCGAUCCGCUCUACGGAGACGUCAAGGCUUUUGCCAUGAUAUGGCGCAAGAGGGCGUUCCGAGACGGCCGUACCUUGCAUUCGGAGCCACAGCAUGUCCUGGGCGAAGAAGACGACAUCGUCACGAUGAACCUCGAUGCACCGCUGCCAUGCGUUGAGCAUCAGCAAAAGGAAGAGGACGUUGGCUCACGAAAAGGAAUGACACAGAUUGUGUUCGCCAGCUGGUUUGACAUGGAUGUGACGGCGCGCGUCGCGAACCUUGUUGCCAGUGGCCAUACCAGCAUCACGGCUACCAACGAGAAUCUCCACGUUGAUGAUCCCAAGCCGGGCUAUGUGAAAUCGCUCUCCAUCUGCUGGACAUACUACCGAGGUACAAGCGCUGUCACACCCUCCAUUGCGGAGUUCCAGACGGCUACCGUCUUGACCGGCCAGCAGCUCGAGGUGCCGCCCGGUCUGCAUAUACUGUGCGCGAGCAAGGGCGACCUCGACAUUACAGAUAUUGUUCAAGCUAUGGUGUCGCGGAACCAAACGCUCACUCUCGACGCAAGUAACACGGCAUUGGCCGUACUGGACCCACGUCCGGGCGUGAGGAAGACGAUUUCGAUUGCCUACCGAUAUGGCGCCCGCGCCAUGCAGCUACUCGUAGUUGGUGAAGGGCAGGGAGUGGUUGAGCUGAGUCCCACCACCACGAGUAGCAGCAUAGACGUCGAUGACGAUGGGGGUAUCUUUGACCUGGAUGCUUCGGUGGGUGCCCCUCUGGGACAGAGUGGUCAUCCAAACCCGGCUACCGUCGUGGCCUUGGUCUGGGGCCUGAAGCUGCUAUCCUUAGAGACGCCGUCCCUCCGAAGCGCGCUCCAAGAACGUUUGCUGCCCUGUAACAAUGACUUUCUAGGGGUAGACGGUUGGGAGUAUACGGUGAAGACGUGUCAGGUGUUCGUACAGCGCGCCGCUGUCGCCGCUGAAUGUGCCAAGGUUGAUCCGUACCAUUUGCACUCGGCGAUCGAUCAUGUCAACUUGCAAGUCUCGCCUACCACAACCGCUACCGCUGCACUCGAUCAUGGUUCCAACUCCACCAUAUUGAGCCUAGGCCAGGACCAGGCUGGGAAAUGUGCGAAUCCUACAUGUUAUGCGGUUCAGACGCUGUACAAGCUGCUUGCUCAGGUUCACCAGGAUUCUGUGCCUGUUACCUUGGCGCAGCCUAAGAGACGUAGGAUACGGGGGAAAUGGGUUGAUACGAAUGCCAAUAUACGUGAGAGCGAAAAACGCGCGACCGUUUCAGCCAAUAUUCUGGCGCUCAACUUUCCUGCGCAGGCUCGCCAUGCGAUGACAAAAAGAGAGUCAGAGGUUGGACUGCCAUAA